ACCCUGAGCCGUGAGAUUGACGCUGCUUGCUUCACUGGAGUAUAGAGAGUUUGCACGACUGCAGGGCAAGGGAAGGACGCGCAACACUGGAGUUUUAAGCGGAGGAGACGUUAGUUCUUGGAGUUUUUUCUCUCACAAAAGGACGCUAUGAGCUGGGGAACGGAUCUUUGGGACCAGUUUGAAAAUCUCGACAAACACACACAGUGGGGUAUCGACUUUCUGGAGCGCUAUGCAAAGUUUGUCAAGGAGCGUCUGGAGAUCGAGCAGGCCUAUGCAAAACAGCUACGGAGUCUCGUGAAGAAAUACUGCCCCAAGCGUUCCAAAGAUGAUGAGCCCAGGUUCACAUCCUGUCUGUCAUUCUACUCCAUAUUGAAUGAGUUGAAUGACUAUGCAGGUCAGCGAGAGGUUGUUGCCGAGGAGAUGGGGCACAAGGUGUAUGGGGAGCUGAUGAGGUAUUCACAGGACCUGAAAGCAGAGAGAAAACAUCACCUCCAGGAGGGGAGAAAGACCCAGCAGUAUCUAGACCAGUGCUGGAAACAUAUGGACAAUAGUAAAAAGAAGUUUGAACGAGAAUGCAAAGAAGCCGAGAAAUCACAGAUGAUGUACGAGAAGUUAGACAACGAUAUCAACGCCACAAAAUCAGAGGUGGAAAAGGCAAAGUCCCAGCUGUAUCUGAGACAACACAUGACAGAGGAGAGCAAGAACGAGUAUGCAGCCCAGUUGCAGAACUUCAACAGUGAACAGUGGAAGCACUUCAAUGUGGCCAUUCCUCAGAUAUUUAAAAAUCUACAGGACAUGGAUGAGCGUCGGACAGUCAAGUUGGGGGAGACGUACCGGAGUUUUGCUGAGGUAGAACGAAGAGUCAUUCCCAUUGUCUCAAAAUGCCUGGAGGGCAUGGUGACUGCUGCUAAGAAUGUAGACGAGCGCAAGGAUUCUGCAAUUGUAGUGGAGUCAUUUAAGUCUGGGUUUGAGCCACCCGGCGAUUUUCCUUUUGAGGACUUCAGUCAGAACAUCCAGCGAACAGGGUCAGAUAGCACCAUUGGGACCCCCAAAACUGAGGGAGGCAAACCAGACCCCAAAAACCCGAUCAGCAGGACCAAAAACAAACUUUGGCUUUUUGGGAAGAAGCCCAAGCUUCCCCCAUCCAUCCCACCCCCACCCCUCCCAAGUUUUCCCUCUGGCCAUUUCCAGCCUCCUAAAUUCAAUACAGAGCGGAUAGCUAACCGUCUGUCUGAAAUGAGAAUCACAAAAGCUAAGAUCCCAUCCUUCCGAGCUUUGAAAAGAGGGGCACCAACUCUUGAGGAUCUCAGCCACCUUCCUCCUGAACAGAGACGCAAAAAACUUCAACAGAGGAUCGAUGAGCUAAGCAAAGAGCUACAGAAAGAAAUGGACCAAAGAGAUGCUCUAAACAAGAUGAAGGAUGUCUAUGAGAAGAAUCCACAGAUGGGGGAUCCUGGAAGCCUCCAGCCCAAGAUUUCAGAGACCAUAUGCAACAUGGAGAAACUCCGCUCUGAGAUCCAUAAAAAUGAGUCUUGGCUAGCAGAGGUUGAAGGCAAGCAUGGUUUGCGUAGUGAGCGACGGCCCAGUGCUGAUGUGAAUCACCAUGCACCCCCCGGCAGAGAGAGUCCUGAAGGCAGUUACACAAAUGAUCACAGUCAGGAGCAUCGGUCGCCACCUCAGCCAGAUCCACACGAGUUUGAUGACGAGUUUGACGAUGACGAUCCGCUACCGGCUCUUGGCCACUGCAAAGCUCUCUACUCAUUUGACGGCUCUAACGAGGGCACAUUGGUGAUGAAUGAGAGUGAGGUGCUGUACGUCAUAGAGGAGGAUAAAGGUGACGGAUGGACACGGGUUCGCAAACAGAGUGGCGUGGAGGGUUAUGUCCCCACAUCCUAUGUGGAGAUCACACUGGAGAAAAACAGCAAAGGUGCGGUCACCUACAUAUGACAUCAUCCACGGCAGCGUCUUCUAGUUAUGGCAUCACACAUUGGGAAGCAUGUGUAAGAUUUAUCAUGACUCGUCAAGUGCAGCUUGGCUGACUGCCAGAUGCUUUUGUUCACUGCGUGAGCCCAAGGACGAACACACACAAUCACACACACAGUUUUUAAAGUGACUACGGUCCUCUGCACAGCGACUUUGCUGCAGUGGGUUAGUAUGUUAGUAUGCUGGUUGAGAUUUUUAUUUCUUUUCAUCGAAUUUUAGUACUCUGCACUGUUUAAUUAUUUUUGUAUUAUUAUUGUUAUUAUCUCGGAAUUCUUGGAACAAAACUGAAGACAAAAUCGCCACCUUUUCAAAUGUGUUUGUCUGAGAGAUUAUCUGCUCUAUCCUGUCAAACUUAAGUCUUCUUUUAUUGUUGAGAUUUAUGUAUGUUUGUCUGUAUGCACGUUAAAACUAAUGUACACUACUUGGAGCCUCUCUUCCCUAUUUUAUACAGUCCAGUUAAUAGUUCUAUUUACAUGCAUUUGAAUGAACUAUAGGUACUACAAGAAGGGAUUCAGUGUGAACAUCUGAUCUUUCAAUCUAUGCAGAUUCUUCCCCCUCUUUCCGCAGUGUCAGUUGUUUGCUGUAAAAUUGCCCUGAUCAUAGCCGCAUACCUUCAAUUGCAUUUCAACUCUUUCUGUGGGUGCCACUCUUCUCUUUAAGCUUAAACUUCAUUUUGUUUUUAUGUGUAACCAAUGGUUAGAGGUAUACAAUUAAAAUAAUCUUGUUUCAUCUAAGAAAAUUUACUAAAAUAAUUGCUUAAAUUAGGAGCAGCACUUCAUUUAUUGGCUGGCUCACAUGUGCACCAGCGCCCUCUAUGUUUGUGGAGGUAAAUUGCGUCCAUCUCUUUUCUAGCCAGUCCUUCUGGAACUAUCAAUGAUUCUGUCUUUUUUCUCUCUAUGGCUACAGGUUCCUGAUUGGAUGAAUGGGGUUCUGUGGUGUUUGGUGAAACGGGACUCAUUGCUGUGGGUCUGUUAGAGGGGCAGUUGGGGGAAUUAGGACCGGGGUGAGAUUUUAGGGCUGUGUUGGGGCAGGUUGCAUGUUUGCAUGCUGUUUGUGUCAUGGUGAUUAACAUAAUUCCAUUGCAGCAACGUUCCAGGGAUAACAGGGUGUGCAGGGAGGGAGGGGCAACCUGGAAAGACACCCUUGAGCAAUAAUGGGAGAAGUAGAAAAGUGUGUUGUUGCCUGGCACUGAUAUUUGUGCUCCAUUUCAACUGUCUUUGGAAUGUUUUCCUAUGCCAUCUUGUGUGUUCUUAACAUGCACUUGCAUGAUCCACAGCCAUAUAGUCCAAUUGGCCCCAUAAUAGGAUUUAACCACUUAUCCCAUUUGCCUCUAAUCUCUUAACACUUCUGUGACUGUCUGGUUUGUAUGUCUGUUUUGGUUUAAUUUUCUCUGUUUGUCAUUGGUGCAUUCCAUCAUGAAUGUUAUGUUAACCAUAUUGUGCAAGUCAUUGUCAAUAGCAUGACCAAUCAGAGUAGAAGCAUGGGACUUACUGUAGCCAAGGCGACAGUCCCCACAGCAUUAUCCACCAACUUGCCGCCCCAAGUCUGGGGAAUGGAUGGACCCUGGUGCUGUUCUAUAUUUGACCAGCAGGGGGAGCCACACACCAUAUAAAUCAAGCCGUGAAAACGCCAACGAGGAUCUUUGAACAUCAACCCAUCAUUCCGACAUUCUGAAUCUCUGCCUUAAUUUCAGGCCUCUGAAUGGUAACUAAAAUUCAGAAGUCUAUCUGCCCCUAUAAGCCCCAAAAUCUCAGUGUUCUUGGACUGCCAGCUUUCUGCGGUGCUUUCUUAUUUCUUCUCCAGCAGAUAUCACCAAACAUGCUGUGGUCCCAUCACUGCCUCUCAACAAGUUGCCACACGUCUCCAAAAUCCGAUCUCAAGUCCAUGUAUUUGUGAAUGUGAUUCUUACAUAUGAAACUGUGUAUGCAUAUGGAUGCAUACAUGCAUAUGUAUAUACCUAGUUAGUUUUUAUUAUUAAACUGUAUGUAUUAACAUCUUUAUUUCAGAAUGAAUGUGUUUUUAGCUUAACUUUUGUAUGGGGUUUCUAACCAAGCAAAUGACUUUCAGAGGUUGCUUUUGAGAACCAUGCUGUUAUCUCUUUGUAACCAGUGCUUCAAGUCGGAACACUAUUCUCAAAUGGACCCUGGUCUAAAGCAAUGCACUUUUUACCCUGUUGCAUUUUAAUUGAAAUAUUAUUAGGAUGUGAAUGAUGUAUGAUGUGAAUGCUAUGUUCUGAAAGAAUGUGUUGUACAGUGAGACUAUGGUGACCACUAUAUACUUAGGAUUGUGUUGACCAAGAGCAACUGAGAAAUAAAUAUGUAUGUCUGUUUGUCUCGUUCAUUCUGACUUGCUUCAUGAUUGAGGUGUGUGUGUAUUGUGUGUAAGGCUUUUAGUCUGAUUUAUGUAUUCAUGUAUUAAACAUAGGAGAACAUAUACUAAUGGUGCACU